CAAGAUAAAAGCGUAGUUGAACCCUGUGAAGAGCCUCCUCCGCGUGUCGUUCAGGUUCCGGCAUGAAACAUUGAAAAUACUUUCCGAGGUUCUUGGGAUUCCAUACAAGAACGCAGGAGUGGGACAGUCUGUGUGUUCUACCGACGCCGAGGUUGUUGAAACUGACCUCCGUUUCUAGUCUCGACGGCGAUCCUCGCGAGCCAAUUGACGCUGUCCAGCGGUUGUGGUACCCUAUAGACCUCGAGAAGCAGAACCACGAAGUCGAAAAGCUAGCCGAGCGUUCUGAGGCGCUCGGAGUGUAUGCACAUCUGGUGGCUACCAUGCAGCAGUCUUGCAGCUUGCUAGCCUUGACCGUGGAAGCACGCAAUGACAACGGAAGCAUCUGCCCGGAAGCCGCGCUUGAACGCCAACCAGCUGCCGAGACACUGCGUGCCAGUGCCCGUGACCAUUACAUUCCCGCCGUCUAUGCAGUCAUGGCUCCUGGUGUCAAGCGCAGGCCAUUUCCGCGGAGACGCAUUGUGCUGUUGGUGAUGCAUUUUGCUCUCUGUACGUUCAUAUCGUAUAUCCAGCAGCUCCCCACAAUUAAUAACUUGUACCAGCCAUAGCUGGUGCAGCCCGUACGCUGCACUGGUAUAAUGUUGAGUGCCUUCAAUUGGCUUCUGUCAAGGAUGUCGCACCUGAGGAUGUCCCAUACACGACACACCCUGGGCGGUAUGAGGUAAGAUAGUCACCCUGGAAAGAA